UCUAGUGUGUCUCUAAUAGUUAUCAUUGGGUUAUUUACAGAAGUCAUCGCUACAUUAAUGUUUGUUUUUUUCUUCCACUAAUGACACCUCAAAACAUAACUUAGAAACCAAAUGAUCACCCACGAAUCACAUAAUCAUCCCAGCAGAAGGUAGCCAUUUUAUCACACUGGUUCCUCCUGCCCAUCCCAACAGCACAACACACCCUGCAUCACUGGCAACGGGUGUCUACAAAGAUCUUAUAUGUGGAAGAAGACUUAUCCUUAGAGUGUUCAAAAAGGUGGCCCAUGCCAGAUGGCACUGGAUAGGACAGUGAAGCGUACGUUCCUGCAAAUGUCAAUCGCGAAAUAAUUGUGUAUUGGCCUAGCAACUAAUCAUUGUUGUCGUUGUUUAAGCUUCUGGUUUUUAUCUUGUAACUCCGAUGUUUUAUCAAUAAAAUAUCAUAAAAUACACAUUUAUCAUUGCAGCAGUCUAAAUAACACAAAUAUAUUUACAAGAGUAGUCACGAAAACUACUGCAUUUAAUAGCAUUUGUAGAUCAUGUUUUACGAAGAUUUUGAUUUUUGAUUUAUGCUUUGAUAUUAAUUGACGUUGCUGAUAAAAAGAAAAGCAGAAAAAGAUCAGAGUGAGACCUCCUGCUGCUGCUCGGCUCAGGUGUGACUCACCGGAAGUGGUGCACCUGUCCAGGUGAGCUGCUUCCAGACGUAAUGUGACGCUGCUGCUCUUCAUCACAGUUCAGAGGGAAACAUUGUCUCCGUCUCUGAAGGAAAUCAAGUUGUUCCUCGGCUCAGGGGAUUUAAAGGAUCUUCGGUGAUGGAUAAACUGAAGUCUGUUCUCAGCGGUGACGAGGCGCGCAGAGAUGAUCGAACCGUCAUAGAGGGAGUGUGUUUGCUCUUCCUCCCCAGGAUUGGACUCACCCUCUUCAUCGUCUUUUACAGUUUUGGAAACAUAUGUGCUUUGGGCAGCACUAUGUUUCUGAUGGGGCCAAUGAAGCAGCUGAAGAAGAUGUGUGACAAAACAAGAGCACUGGCCACCGCUAUUAUGAUUACCUGCCUGGUGUUGACUCUCUGUGCAGCUUUCUGGUGGAAGAACUUUGGACUUGCUUUGUUAUUUUGCAUCUUACAAGUCUUGUCAUUUGCCUGGUACAGCCUCUCAUACAUCCCAUUUGUGAGGGAGGCCAUACUGAAGAUGUUGUCGGUCUGCAUGAAAUGAGGGGCGUCUUCAUGCUGAAGCUUGAGGGAAAUGGGCGUGUCUCUUAUUGAUGUUAUUGUGAUAUAUUUUUAUAUUAGUCUGUGACUCUUACUGCUGCUCAGCCCUCCUCUGUUAAUACCUGAACAUCACAUGUUUUUAUCUCUUAAGUAGGUCUCUUUUUCCACUUUUAAUUUAAUUGCAAUGAAUGACUAUGCUAUUGAUUACUCCAGUUUAGACCAGGUUUUACAUGUGGGCAUAUUUUGUAAUAUAUGUAAAUAUUUGUAAUAAAUGAUUGUUAAUGGUUUUGUAAAUUACUACAUCAACUUCAUUAUUUCCAUCACCGAGAGAAAUAAAUUUAAGUACAGGAAAUAUUUUUAAGCUUCUGAAAUUUGUUUAAAGAAUAAAUCACUCAAGUCUUAAGUGCUGUAACAGAGCAAAACGUGUACAUGUCCAACAUGCUUACAAAAAUAUAUAUUUUAUUAUAAUUUUUUCAUACUUGUCCCAAAUACUGUUUAACUUCUUUAAAAACAUUUUUAAUAUUUAGCCUGUGAAACACAAAUAUACUUAAAUUGACAGAUACAUUUCCUGAAUUACUUUUAAAUACUAUUAUUUCGGUCUUGAAUAAGUUAAAAUGAUAUAUUAAGUAUGGCUAUGAGCUUGAAAAUGUGUCGACAGAGAAGAUUAAGAAUCACUUCAUAACAGAAUAUAGACUGGCUCAUGAUGGUCUCUUUUAAAGGUAUUUAAAAUUCAUCUAUUUUAAAUGUUUUGCUUAUCAGAAAUCUAAAACCUUGUUCUUAUGCUUAAUGACAGUAUGUUAAAGAUUGAAGCUCCAUGAUAUUCACAAUAAACAUAUAAAUGACCUAAAA